AUGGAAAGAGAAAAAGCGAUGAAUGUUCAACUUCAGUGUGAUUUAUUGGAAUAGAAAAAUAAACCGAGCGAAGCGCGUUAAAAAGUGAAGGCGUGAGAAUCCUUCUUCCGAAUCUGACACUACACAAAAUUCACCAAUUCCCAGUUCCGUGGACUGCAGCACCCUUAGAUUUCGUUACCAAAGACAAGGAGAAGCACCGGAAGCGUAAUAAAAUGGAUAUGUACAUUCGUGUUAAACGUAGUAAGACAACCUACUUCAUUCGGUGCAAGCCAUCUGAUAAAAUUCUUGACAUAAAGCAGAAGUUGCAAGAACUUAUUGAUCAGCCAGCUAUUAAUCAACGGUUAAUUUUACCUGAUACAGGAGAAGUAUUAGAAGACUCUAAGACUCUGGCAGAUCAAAGGGUUGAAAAUGAUGCUGUUGUUGCACUGACCUUGAGAAAAGAUGAGAAUGAGUUUGAGGAGGUCAACAUUGUCCGGCCAAAUGAUUUCUACCAAGCUCGGGAUGCGGAUGGUGCGAAUUGGUAAAGCCAUACUCCAAUAAUUACUGGUGGUAUGAUGAAAUCCACAAUUGCUCAGGAAACAUUUUCAAACGAUUGAUCAAAUGUAGGGUUAAUGACGUGCUUGUUUGUAUAAUACUGAAUUUAUUGCCUUGAGAGAAUAUGGCACUUUAUUUUCUUUGGUAAAAUGAAGAAUUAAAGAAAGCAAGUUACAUCAGUGACAUAGAGUCCGUCCACUGGUGUGCAUAAGUGCAAUGGUUUUAUAUCAUAUUAAAUCAAAUUAGUGAAUAAGGUCUAGUAGAUUUAGAUUGGCUUUAUACCAAUGUGGGUUAAAUAUAUUCUUAGUAAUUCCAAAUAGGACAAAAUUUGUUUUGUCCUUCAAAAUUGGUCU